AUGGAUGAAUGCCACUGUCGUGCAUACCCACAAGUUUCUGCCUCCGAUCGUGUGUCAGAAUCUCCAUUUUUUCACAGUGAUCAACAACACUUCAACGUACAAUUUGAGUACUCAGAAAUGUACGUUUUCAGUGCAAGGAAAUUCGACGCCUUUUGCAAAGUUUCACUCCACAACUUUCCAAACAUUCCGAAGAAUCAAAUAAUGCAAGAAACAACCAUCGUGUCAUGGCUUUCCCACAUGGGUGUGCCUCGGAAUUCUCACAGUGUCGUGGUCGCAGAAGUGUUACGAUGUGUACGUGACAUGGUUCGUGACACAGAUACGCAUGUUCUUGGUAUGCAUGUGGAAAUGAACAUUACUCGUGCAACAGAAGAUGAAAUAAGCGACAGUGAUAGCGACAAUGAUGAUAGUUUUGAAGAAGUUGACGACGAUGGUUUCGAAGAAGACGAUGAUGAAGACGAUUAUGGAUUAGUGGCUGCAGACAAGGCAAUUGUUGAAGGUUUGGAGAUGGUUGAAGAGAAGGGUUCGGAAAGGUGUUCCAUUUGUUUCGAGGAUUUUGAUGUUGGUGUUCGUAUGCCUUGCUUGCACAUGUUUCACAAAAACUGCAUCAGUGAGUGGUUGCAAAGAGGCAAUUCUUGUCCUUUGUGUCGCUUUCAGUUGCCUACUCAAAGGGAUUGA